AUAACAGUCGUAGGUUUUCUUCCCAAUGGUUUCAGAGAUAUGACGCCAGGUUUCUUCUUUCGAUCCCUGCGAUCCCUUGCAUCACGUGAUGACGUGAGUGGUUGCACUAACUCGCGUCUGCCUGAUGUGGUGACUGCAUUGUUAUGGUUGGUGGGGAUCGGGAGGCAACUUGCACUGCGACAAAGCCGAGUAGGUCGAGGCCGCUUUCAACCCCUCACAAUGCAUCGACCCGUGCAGCGACGCAAUGGCUCGAUCCAACGUGCAAGAUGAUGAAGAUGAGUUUGGCUGGGAUCUUUCGCUAGAGGAUGAAUUGCUCCUUUCCAACAUUGCAGACCACGCUCAAGACCCUGCGCGACGUCCCCGCUCUUCUAGCGCUGGCUCUGAGACAACCAUCACCACUAUAACAACCGUCGACCAGCGCGCUACGGCAAAGAGACUGCUUCCGGCGCGGACUUCAAACAAUACUGUCCCUAACCUCCAGGCCGACAUCACAGCCGCGUUUCCCGCAAGUCCCUGGACUGAGGCCAUCGAUAUUGACAGCGUCGCCGACACAGCCUCAAUCGGGCCAAGGCUCGGCUAUGACAAUGGCGCGCACACUGCGCGCCUCGGCCGGUUUGAUAGCCAGAGACAUGUCAGCUCUGGCUCUACCGUAUCGAACAUUUCGGAACAAAGCACCAAGAUUGUAUAUGGCAAGCAAGCGGAUGUACGCUACCCCGAUUUGAGCAUCCCACUAUCAGCCAUCAAACCUGCUCCAAGCGCCGACAUUGAAGAUUUGCCCCAGUCUUCUUCGGCUGGUAACGAGGCGGCAAAACCGCUCAAAUCGCCCCUCGCCCGCUUCCGAACCUUUCCCAGGAAACCACUAUCCGUCACAGACUUCUCGUCGCUGGUAUGGUGCGAGCAGCAGCAUGAGUACACCCUCACGCGGCUCGGCGGGCGCAAGCCCAGGACGGCCGCCAUGAAGGGCGGUACCAAGAUACACGAGCAGCUCGAGCGCGAGGUGUACAGGACGGUGCGCGUCGAGGUCAUGACUAAAGAGGACGCGUUUGGCCUCAAGAUUUGGAACAUCAUACAGGGCCUGCGCACGCUUCGCGACGACGGCCUGACGCGCGAGCUCGAAGUGUGGGGUUUGGUGGACGGUCAUGUUGUCAACGGCUUGAUUGAUGGCCUCAGUGUCCAGCAUCCGGAUCCCCAGUUUGAGGAGGAGCUUUUGAGUCAGUCUGGAAGCCAGGAAGAAGCUGCUGGGCUGAGUGAAAACCACAAGAUUACCGACUUUUUCACAGGUGUAAAUCCGUCUCAGGAUUUGAGAGGGCCGGCUCGCAAGGUUUGGCUUUUUGAUGUCAAGACCAGAGGGCAUUGGUCUCUUCCUAGCAAGGUUCAUCUGCGACCCGCGAUGAUACAGCUUUAUCUAUAUCACCGAUUCUUGGCAGACAUGGCUGCGUGUAGACUCGACUAUUUGCACGUCUACCGACGAUACGGCCUCGAUCCAGACCUACCGUUCUCCGACCUCUUUCUCGCUCAGAUCGGAUCUUUGCAUGAUGAGGUGUUUCAGGACUCGAGUUCAACGCCGCCAUCUCCGGAUUCUUCAUCACAAGACAGCGAAUAUUCAAGUGAAACUGAGGCCACAACCACGGCAACGUCAGCUCCAUCCUCGAUGCCUGCAGAUGAGCGACUUCGCUAUCGAUCUCUAAGGCAACUCAUUCCACUACUCAAGAGCGAACUCAAGCAAACAUUCCCAAGAGGUGAAGCUUCUCUCGGUCAAGUGGUAUCAAUAGAGUACCGGUACAGGGGUCUACCAAAGCGAAAGAAGGAAAUCAACAUUGACUUGAGCAUGGAAGAUGAGGAAGACUCUGAUGUGGGCGCCCUCAUCGGCCAUCACAAUUUUGAUGUUGCCGACGAGAAUCUGCCGUCGUGUUUGGAGGACCACAUGGAGUGGUGGCGUGGUGAGAGGCCAGCCAAUGGAGUCCCCGUCGAGGAGGCCGAUAAGUGCCGUUAUUGUCAAUUUGCAGACAUUUGUGAGUGGCGGGCCGAAAACCACCUCAAGUUGCUUGAGGAAAGUCGGCAACGGAAGGCAAGGACCGCCGCCUCUGUACAGAAGGGCAAAUGGAGAAAGUAUGCAUAA